AUGCCACACCGCUGGCUUCCGGUGCUGUGCAUGGCUGCAGUGCCAGGGCACCUCGGUGCAACCAUCAGGGUUUACAUCCUGCUGAAGCAUCCGACAGUGGAAGUCAUUCAGUUCAAGUACAUGCUGAAGCAUCCGACAGUGGAAGUCAUUCAGUUCAAGCCCAUCAACUCCAAGGCCAAGGGGGCCACCAGCAGCUUCAAAUUAGUUCCCAAGAACAAAAGGAAAAUUCAGCCCAAGAAGACGUCCACCAUGACAGCUCCCAGGGGAUCCAGUGAGGCUGAGGAGAAGGGCCCCGAGAAACCAAGUGAGGCAAAGAAGGACCUUCCCAACCGUGAGGUGAAAGGAGGACUCAAGAAGCCAGCAGAGGUGAGGGCGCCUCCCUCCAAACCAGGAGUACCUAAGGAGAAGGCCCCCAGGAAAGGCAGCCAGACCAAAGACCAAGAGGGAAAAUUGGGCAAGGCCAGGAAGGCCUCCCCACAACCAGUCAAGGCUACACAGGCCCCUCCCAGUGCCAACGAACCAGGCAGGAAAUCAAAGGUCAAAGGCAGAAGGAGCCGCUGAGAUGCCAAGGCCCACGGGAAAACAAAAGCUCAGAGUCGGAGUUCAAAACUCAUGGUCACCAAGGUCAAGAAUGGAGCUGCUUCCCCAGACAAAAAAAGAGGGAAGCCAAGGUCCUUAAAGAGGUCACUGUACAAGCAGCUGAGGAGGCCAAGAGCCAAGGCUACUGCUCCUCCUAAGGGCAGUAGGUCCAAGAUGAUGCUUGCAUCACUGGCCAGGAAGAUAGAGACCCCCAAGGGCCCAAGAAGGCCUGGCUUGCCCAGCAAGACCUCACUGUCCAAAGGGUCCAGUAAGAAGCAGAAGCCAAGAGCUAGAGGCCAGGGUGGAGAAACACUGAGAUUCUGCUUGCAUUUUUAUUCCCUAACAAACCGCCAUUCUACUUAUUCUAUUUAA